AUGGCGAGCAGGUCUCACUACGGCCCCGCGGCGGAUGCGUCCGCGCCGCAGUACCGCGCGCUGUGUGUGCGCUCGGGCAAUGUCGUGGCGCUCGGCAUGCAGAAGACUUCGUCCGUGAACUGCGCCGGCAUGGCUCUGUUCCGCGUCUUCCAGGGGAACGUCGAGGUGCUGGGCUUCCGGCCGCCGCUGGGCGUCUACUUCUCGCUGCACUCGCCCAAAUGGAACAACCUGCUGGUGAUCGAGGGCCGGCCGGGCAACGAGGAGACCCAGGCGCCCUUCGGACCCUCCAACGCCAGUCUGUUGCAGGUUAUGGAGCCGAAUUUGCCCUCGGAGGCGCUGAAUGAGGACGAGGAGAUCGCGGCCGACCGACUGGCCAUGCAGCUCGUGGACGACUUCCCCAUUGUGCUGGUGCUUCGAGCCACCCCCCUCACGUACGGGAAUGUCACGAGCUUCUACGAGAACGCGCGGCCCGAGAAGCCGCCGGCGGUGCUGCCGGGCUUCAAGAUGAUCGUCCCCAAGCACCUUCAGAGCGACGUGGCAGACCUCACGGCAGGCUUCGACAUGACGAGCGCGGCGCCGUCAGACGCCGACCCGUCGCACCACGACUGGAAGUCGCAGGAGCGCGUGCUGGCGGAGCUCGUGGUCGUGGACUCGUUCCGGACCGUGCAGUGCACGGAGCCCUGGCAGACGACGGUGGACCGACUGCAGGCGAGUCUGCAGGAGGAGGAGAAUCCCGUCUCUCAGAAGAUCGUCGUGUGCGGAGGCAAGGGCGUGGGCAAGUCCACGUUCUGCCGCUAUUUAGUCAACAGAUUGCUGGCGAAGUUCGGGACUGUGGCCUUCCUGGAUACGGACUUGGGGCAGAGCGAGCUGACCCCGUCCGGACUUGUGGCGCUCCACGCCUUGGCGACGCCGCUGCUUGGACCGGGAUUCUCGCACAUGAAGAACCCGAUCCGGUCCUUCUUCUGUGGCAAUACCAACCCGGGGAAUGAUCCGCUGUACUACAUGAAGGCAGUCAAGAGUUUGCUGCGUCUGAAACGGCAGCGCGCGCGUGUCCCGUUGGUUAUUAACACGGACGGAUGGAUCAAGAGUAUGGGCCACGACCUGCUGUGCAACGUCAUCCAGGAGACGAACCCGGACCACGUCGUGCAAAUGCUGGCUGCUACGAAGAACAAACAGUUUGACGUCCCUACUGAAGGCCGGUGGCGUAUCCAUGGAGUCCCGCCAUGGGAUCCCGUGGGCGUGACGCAGCCUGCUCGCAGCUCCAAGGAGAUGCGGAUCUACCGAUUCCACUCGUACUUCCUGGCGCGCACGCCUUGCAGCCUCCCACGCGCACUGCUACAGAACCUGCAAGUGCUUUCAGAGAAGAACCGCGUCGACGGCGACAUCUACCGCGCCUACGCUCAGCUCACGCCGUUCGUGGUAUCGUUCGACCAGGUCGACGUCGCCUUCGCUGGCUCUUCCGUGCCUCCCAGCCAGCUCUUGUUCUCGCUGAACGCCUGCGUCGUGGGUCUCUGCUUCAACCCCGACUAUAAACCUGUAGAGGAAGAGCGUGACGGACCGCCGCGGAUCGUUUUGCAGCCAGUGCACGCCCCGUGCGUCGGAGUGGGCAUCAUCCGAGCGGUGGACGCCGACAAGCGGCAGUUGUUCGUGUUGAGUCCGCUGCCCCUUUCGGUGCUGAAGCGAGUCAACCUACUGGUGCGAAGCAGUAUGCCCCUAGGCAACAUCAUCCUCUCUGCUCAAGAACCAGCCCAAGCUCCGUACGUUGUCACGGACGUCGUGUCAUCCGACGGCACUGGAUCCGCCGUCAUGCAGAGCCGCAACAACCUCAAACGCAAGCGCGACGGCAAGUAA